AUGAUUUCCACUUGGAAUGUGAGGGGCAUCAAUAAGGAAGCAAAACACAGAGAGGUCUGCUCCUACUUCUCCACUUUUCAUGUUCCUAUCAUUGCUUUGCUUGAAACUAGAGUUAAGGAGAUUAAUGCUAGUAGAAUUAGAAAUAAAUUUGGGAAUAAUUGGGCCUACAUAGACAACUACUCUCAUCAUUAUAAUGGGAGAAUUUGGGUUAUGUGGAAGGAUAAAGAGGUGACAGUUACUCUGUUACAGAAGGAGGAGCAGUUUAUUCACUUAGAUGUGAUAAGUGCUGAUAAGAGGAUCCAUUACUUGGCUACUAUAGUCUAUGCUAUGAAUCAACUGGAAAGAAGGAAGUGCCUUUGGGAACAAAUUGAGAACUUAGGUACUAAUACAUCUAUACCUUGGAUAGUGAUGGGUGACUAUAAUAAUGUCCUUACCAGUCAGGACAGGAUUGGAGGGAAUCAAGUCAACAUUGCUGAAUACAAAGACUUGGCAGACAUGAUGCAUAGGACAGGUUUAUUUGAGGCUCCCACUAGAGGGAGACAUUUUACCUGGUUUAACAAUCAUUCUGAUGGGGCUAUCUACUCCAUAAUAGAUAGGCUCAUUGCUAAUGUCCAGUGGUUUCAAACUUUUCAGGAUGCCCAUGUGGAGGUGCUUCACCCUAAUGUCUCAGAUCACUCCCCUCUGAGAGUGCUGUGGGGGCAACAACAAACCAGGAUGAAAAUGAUGUUCAAAUUUUUGAAUUGUGUCACUACCAGGGAGGGAUAUUUUGCUGUGGUUAAGGAUAGCUGGGAGAAGAGGACUAAGGGUAAUGCUAUGCAGAGACUUUGGUGCAAACUGAAAAGAUUACAGGGUCCUGUUCAGAAACUUCAGAGGAGCUAUACAGAUAUUCAACUGCAGAUUCAGAAGGCUAUACAGGACUUAAAUGAGGCUCACCUUCACCUCUCUAACAAUAUGUUUGACUGUGAUGCUAUUGCCUAG